AUGCCAAACUUCUUUGAGGAUCCCAACUGCAGGCAGAAGAGCACACAGUUGAAUUUGGCCUUCUUCCAGUUCCCAAGGGAUCUGGCCAGAUGCCAGAAGUGGGAACAAAAACAUAAAGAAAUCAACAACAGCAAUGCUCAGAAUUCCAGUGCAGAAGGGGGUGAAGAACAGGAUGAAGAUUUACCUUUAAUCCUUGAAGAGAAGGAAAACAAAAAAUACUCAAAAUCUUUAUUUGAAAUUUUGAUUCUUAUGAAAAAACAAAACAGACCUCUAAAUGAACAUGAAGUUGAUGAAAUCCCAGAAGGUCUCUUUACUCCUGAUAACUUUCAGGCACUGUUGGAGUGCCAGAUAAAUUCUGGUGAAGAGUUUCUGAGAAAUCUCUUUGAGACAACAGCAGUCAACACACCCUUUUCAAAAGCACAGCAGAAACAGAUGCUAGAAAUAUGUGAGAGCUGUAUCCAGGAAGAAAUGCUCAGGGAAGUGAGAGACUCUCACUUCUUUUUGAUUAUCACUGAGGACAUAGUCGACAUGGGAGGGAAAGAACACUUGCCUGUGUUGGUGAGGUUUGUUGAUGAAGCUCAUAACCUGAGAGAAGAAUUUGUGGGUUUCCUGCCUUAUAAAGCCAAUGUUGAAAUUGCUAUGAAACUUCACACUAUGAUAAUUGAGAAGUAGGGAUUAAACUUGGAAUAUUGUCAUGGCCGUUACAUUGUAUACAGUGGAUUUUCUUCCAGAAUGAAAAUUGUUGCUCCUAGACUUUUGGAAAAAUAUCCCCAAGCUGUCUACACACUCUGCUCUUCCUCUGCCUUAAAAAUGUGGUUGGUCAAAUCGGUGCCUGUUAUGGGAGUGUCUGUUGUCUUAGGGAAUGAGGAAGUUUGUUCUUUUUUCUAUUGGUCAUCAGAAUUGCUUUUAGAGCUUGACAAGUUAAUUUCAGUCCUUCUUCAGAACAAUAAAGGAAGGGGUAAAGAAUUGAAGUCAAUUUGCCAUUCUUGAUGGACAGGCAGGCAUGAUGCUUUUGAAAUUUUAGUGGACCUCCUACAAGCACUUGUUUUAUGUUUAGAUGGUAUAAAUAAUGAUACAAAUAUUAGAUGGAAUAACUGUAUAGCGGGCCGAGCAUUUGUACUCUGUAGUGCAGUAACAGAUUUUGAUUUCGUUGUUACCAUUGUCAUUCUUAAAAAUGUUCUAUCUUUUACAAGAGCCUUUGGGGAGAAUCUCCAGGGACAGACUUCUGGUGUCUUCUUUGCAGCCGGUAGCUUGACUGUGGUGCUGCAUUCACUAAAUGAAGUGAUGGAAAAUAUUGAAGUUUAUUAUGAAUUUUGGUUUGAGUAAGCCACCAAUUUGGCAACCAGAUUUGACAUUCAGAUGAAGCUCCCUGGGAAAUUCCACAGAGAUCAGCAAGGGAACCUGGAAUCUCAGCUAGCCUCUGAGAGUUACUAUAAAGAAGCUAUAAGUGUUCCAACAGAUGGUCACAUUAUUCAGGAACUGAAAGAACACAUUAUUCAGCACCUCAAAGCUCUUAAAUGCUCAUCUCUGGUACCCUCUGUCAUGGGACAGCUCAAAUUCAAUGCAUUGGAGGAGCACCAUGCUGAAAUGUACAGAAGCAACUUACCCAAUCCUGAUACACUCUCAGCUGAGCUGCGUUGUUGGAGAAUCAAGUGGAAACACAGAAGAAAAGAUAUAGAGCUUCCAUACACCAUUUAUGAAGCCCUCCACCUGCCAGGGAUCAAGUUUUUUCCUAAUGUUUAUGCAUUGCUGAAGGUCCUAUGUAUUCUUCCUGUGAUGAAGGUUGAGAAUGAGUGCUGGAAUAGGCAAAAGCAUCUCAAAGCAUACCUGAGGAAAACUUUUACAGACCAAAGGCCAAGUAACUUAUUAGUACUUUUUAACACAAAUUUUGAUGUAAAACAUGAUUUGGAUUUAAUGGUGUACACAUAUAUCAAACUCUAUACAACUAAGCCAGAGCUUCCUACAGAUAAUUCUGAAACUAUUGAAAAUACCUGA